GUGGUAAUAUUCGCAAUACAAAAAAUUAUUUUAAUAAUAUCGUCCUCUUAUCGCGCUGACCACAAAUAAUCAACUGGAAUAGUAUAAAAGCAGACGGCUGUUUGGUAUUUGUCAUUCACUGUAAUAAGUGAUGUGUGAAUUUCAUAAGUAUUUGUAUACCAAUUCGUAUAUAACCGCAAAAUGACGGCAUCUGCGUGGCAAUCACCACACAAAGAUUCGAAAAGCAGGUUGAAGCACUUGUUCGAGACGAAAGCGUUGUCCGAUUGCAGUUUCAUGGUGGGCAAAACAAACGCACAACUCGUCUUGGGACACAGCGUCAUCAUAUCAGCAGCUUCUCCAGUCCUUGAAGAUAAGCUCAAGGCACCCGGCACUGACCCUAAGGUAACCUUGACCGAUGUUGAGCCCGAAAUUUUUCAGUUAAUGCUGAAGUACAUCUACACUGAUUCUGUGGAUGUAAACUCGGAAACAGCUUGUGAUUUAGCUGUAGCGGCAAUGGCAUACCAGAUGCCACAUCUGAUGAAUGCGUGCUUGGAGUACAUCACCGCUAACCUGACGACGAAGAACGUUCUCCAAGCUUACGGUCUUGUUCUUCAUUCAGAUGACAGCGAGUUGAAGAAGAAAUGCGAAGAGCUGAUAAAAACUAAAACCAAAGUGGUGCUCGCUGACAGCAGCUUUGAAGAAGCGUGCCUCGAUGUGGUUGUGGCAGUGUUCUCAUUGGAAUCCCUAGAUGUUGAAAGUGAGCUAGAUCUCUUGAACGCAGCUGACCGCUACGCCAAGCACAUCACUAAGUGUAACAAUGUGAACAGUGAAACCCUCGAUAUUCGUAAGGUCUUACAAAAAAUUCGCUUUCUCUCUCUAACUCCUACGGAAUUUGCCAAAGGUCGGGCUACAACGACCGUUCUCUCGGACUCGGACGCUUGCGCAAUCCUUGCUAACGUGGCGUAUGAUAAAUCAACGACUCCGAUGCCUGAAGGAUUUACCCAUAUAAAGGAUCCAAGAAAAAUAAAGCAUGAAUGGUACUCCGAGAUGAAAUUCAAGUUCCGUGUAUUGGAUAUUAAUAAUGUAAUCAGCAAAAAAGAAGAUAAGUGGUCCGACAUAUUGACGUUUCAAAAUACAAAAUGGAAAAUUCAUUUCCUUGUAGAUAAACAAUUUAUAGGUUUGUAUGCGUGGGUUAAUUGGGAUGAACCUAAAAUAUGGUCUUGUAAUGCAGAGAUAGAAUUUAAACUCUUGCGAGCUGAUAAGGGUGAACCUGUCAGCAAACUAAUGAAUUUUGAGUUUAGCAAAGACAUAUCAAAUUGGGGCUUCGAUAAAUUCAUUGAGAUAUCCAAGUUGCAGGAUCCCAAUAAUCAUUACAUCGAAGAUGGAGCCGUCAAUUUUCAGUUUCAUAUAAAGGCUGACAAACCACAAGGGCUGUAGAUGUUCUAUAUUCACAUGCUUUGGAUCUUUUGUUUAAUUUUAAUGUUUACAUUAUAAUAUGUUUAA